GGCACAUUCAGCCAGCGUGGGAAAGCGAAGAAGAGACGGAGCUCACAGACAAGCGUUGCAUAUCCCGGGAUAAAUGGGGAAACGAGAGUUAAAAAGGGGAAAAACUGAGAAAAGCGUGGCUUGGAGAAUAUAUCACGCUUUUGUCCUAUGACCCCCCCCCCCCCCCGCAAGUUGCAGUAGGCACUGUGUUUUUCUGUUUAAAAAAAUACCCCCCUCCCCCCGUAUUAUAGUUGCUUUGCUUGAGCUGCAAUUGCAGAGGUGGUGAGCCUACUGCUGAGGGAUGGGGGUUACAGAAGCUGCUCCAUUCGACUACCUGUGUGGCCCGGCGUGACAGUGAGGGAUCUGUGAUGUGUUGUGUCUUAGUGUGAACAUUUAUCCAAAAGGGGCAUGAUUCAUAAAUUCAUGGACACGACCAAUUGCGACUUUCACUGAUAACAUAAAAUAAGGCAUUGCACGCGCCAACAACUAUUUUCUGUGAGGAUGGCUUUGUAAUAACCCUGGCUCGUUACGUUCGUUGGGAUUCCCCGCAAUAUUCUCAACAAGAAAAAGAAAAAAGACGCAAAAAUGGACAAAGAAAGUGUAGCACAACAGUACGAGCCCGUCGCCGAGAUUGGGGAAGGUGCGUAUGGAAAGGUGUACAAGGCACGAGAUUUGAAGAACGAGGGACGCUUUGUAGCCCUAAAACGAGUUCGGGUACAGACGGAGGAGGAAGGGAUGCCCCUCUCAACCAUCCGUGAGGUGGCGGUACUGAGGCAACUGGAGGCAUUCGAACACCCCAACGUGGUCAGACUGUUCGAUGUGUGUACUGUGUCUCGGACCGACCGCGAGACCAAGCUGACCCUGGUCUUUGAGCACGUUGACCAGGACCUGACCACGUACCUGGAGAAAGCACCUGAUCCUGGGGUGCCACCUGAAACUAUCAAAGAUAUGAUGUACCAGCUGCUGCAGGGACUGGACUUCCUGCACUCACACCGUGUGGUUCACCGGGACCUGAAACCCCAGAACAUUUUGGUCACCAGUGGAGGACAGAUCAAACUGGCCGAUUUUGGCCUCGCCAGGAUAUACAGCUUUCAGAUGGCCCUGACCUCUGUGGUGGUGACAUUGUGGUACAGAGCCCCAGAGGUGUUGCUCCAGUCCAGCUAUGCCACCCCAGUUGACCUGUGGAGUGUGGGCUGUAUCUUCGCUGAAAUGUUCAGGAGAAGACCUUUGUUUCAAGGAAACUCAGAUGUUGAUCAGCUGGGCAAGAUUUUAGAUGUGGUCGGGGUUCCCUCGGUGGAGGACUGGCCCCAGGAAGUAGCCCUACCACAGAGUGCCUUCUCCCCACGACCCCCUCAGCCAAUCGGAGAACUUGUCCCUGACAUGGAUGAGCUGGGGAAAUCCCUUUUACUCCAAUUCCUGGUUUUUAAUCCCUCCAGAAGGAUAUCAGCAUUUGCUGCUCUGACCCACCCCUACUUCCAGAGUGUGGAUAGUGACACUAAGAGUGUGUACGCCCAGCCCAUCGGCAGCAACAAGCCCACCCUGGAGGAGAGAGCUGCCUGACAGCCCCCUGGCCCAGGACUGGACUGGCCUGACAGAGAGGGAGAGAAAGAGAGGGAUGGACACAAAGACUGAGAAAGAGAGCAAUAAACAGACAUUUGAUUCCAAAAGGCAACCGUGCUGUCUUCUACAAUUUACCAAUUUGAAUGCUGCUUUUUAGGAUACUUUUAUAUAAAAAUGUUUAAACAAUGCAAGGACCCCUGAAGCUGAGAUGUACUGCCACCAGGAGAGAACCUCUGGAUGUCCAGGAGCUGCUGCCUCUUGUCUCUCCUUCCUUAGCCUGAGAAGAGGCUCCUCGGUGGGGGAACACCAAGCACCAAGGGUAGGUCGGCAUGGACCGCACCUGGAGCUCACCUUCACAACAACCGAGAGAGAUGACACACGCACACACACAUUUUAAUCCAAUGCAGGAUGCCUGCCUCGUGCUACUUCUGGUCCAAACAAACACAUGUGUUUUGAUAUCACCGCCACCUACAGGUUGUCCUGUGUUACUGCAGGCCAGAGCAGGAUUUCUGAUGGGCUUCAUCUUAUAAGACUUUGACUGGUGCGAACAGGAAAGACUGAAAAUGUCACUUUGAGUUCCUCUUAUGGCAUCCGUACUUCAGUGUCAUAAAGUGUAAUGAAAUCUGAUUGACUCCAUUUGAGACUCUAUGUAUGACCUGAUGCACAGGACAUAGUAAAGUGACUGUUGAAUGACAAUAAGGUCGACCUAAGCACUAUUCAACGCAAUUACAUUUGGCAUAAAAGCAUGAUUCUGUAUUUCCUAACUUAAUUUUAAAGUUAUUGACAGUUGAUGUCUUAUUUUCUAUUUUGUCUUAAUUUUAUUGGACUUUAACAACAUGUGGGGAUUUAAAUGUAAAUCUCUGGUAAGAUCUAGAAAGAAUACAAGGUAAUAUCCAAGGGAGGAAAGGUUUGACAAUGUGAGGCAUGUAGAAUGGUAUAGAGCUAGAUACUGCACUAAUACUGUCAGUAGUCGUGAAUGCUGGUUUAACUUGCAUAUCCAGCACAUUGGCAUGUGUAGCAGGAUAGUAGUAAGGUCAGUGCGGGUGUGGGUCAAUGAAAUGUUCUUCGUUGGGAGAUUUUUUUAGAGAGAAAAGGCAGGCUGAUACGUCGGAUUCAGAGGAGGUUCAACAUUGUACCUGCUUCAUUUAGACUGAGUCUGUAAGGGUUACAUAGAAACAUAUAGGGGUUCAUGUUGAAACACACAGCUGUUCUGUGUUAAGAAUGGUUGUUUUAAUACCCUACGUAUUAUGCUCACCUUGAUUCAAUAUGACUAGCUAGAGUGCUUUCAGAGUUGCUCCCUCUGUGGGAUUAGAACUAGUCAAGGAAAAUAGUUUGUUUGUAAAACUUCUUACUGCACAGCAAUACAUCUAGACCAUAACUUUCCCUCUGGUAUAUCUAGUGCUGCUAGCACACAAAUACACUCAGGAUCUUAUUAGAAAUCAAAUCAGAAAUCAUUCUGACACACUUUGCACAUUCAUGAUUAGACUGCAUCAACUGUUUCAUUGGAUGAUGUUAAUAGUCAACUGUUUCAUUGGAUGAUGUUAAUGGCUCAACUGUUUCAUUGGAUGAUGUUGAUUGAUCAACUGUCUCAUUGGAUGAUGUUAAUUGAUCAACUAUUUCAUUGGAUGAUGUUAAUGGAUCAACUGUCUCAUUGGAUGAUGUUAAUGGAUCAACUGUCUCAUUGGAUGAUGUUAAUGGAUCAACUGUUUCAUUGGAUGAUGUUAAUGGCUCAACUGUUUCAUUGGAUGAUGUUAAUUGAACGACUGUUUCAUUGGAUGAUGUUAAUGGAUCAACUGUCUCAUUGGAUGAUGUUAAUUGAUCAACUGUUUCAUUGGAUGAUGUUAAUGGCUCAACUGUUUCAUUGGAUGAUGUUAAUGGAUCAAUGAUGUUAAUUGAUCAACUGUUUCAUUGGAUGAUGUUAAUGGCUCAACUGUUUCAUUGGAUGAUGUUUAAUGGGUCAACUGUCUCAUUGGAUGAUGUUAAUUGAUCAACUGUCUCAUUGGAUAAUGUUAAUUGAUCAACUGUUUCAUUGGAUGGUGUUAAUGGAUGAACUGUCUCAUUGGAUGAUGUUAAUUGAUCAACUGUCUCAUUGGAUGAUGUUAAUUGAUCAACUGUCUCAUUGGAUGAUGUUAAUUGAUCAACUGUCUCAUUGGAUGAUGUUAAUUGAUCGACUGUCUCAUUGGAUGAUGUUAAUGGAUCAACUGUUUCAUUGAAUGAUGUUAAUGCUACAACAUGAUUGUGCUUCUAUAAUCAUAUUACAGAAUUCCUGACCAUGUGAGUCCAACUGCACGUUUGCUAUGAUACAGUAUGUUUGAUAUCUUACUUGUUUUUCAGUGUCGGGGCGCAUAUGGUUUAAUCUAAUACAUGAUCAAAAUAAAAAAACACAUGAAAGAA